CGGAACAUCUGGAGGGCAAGCUAGAUUAGGGGGGGGCUGGCUAGCUAGCCAGCCUCAGGGCAGGGGGAAGGCAACCUUCUCCCAUACAGACACACACACAAGGCUGGCAAGGUGGGCGCAGCCCCGCAGAAGACACCCACCGCCGGGCCUCUCCCGGUCCUUGGCUGGGCAGCAGCCACCCCGGGGCUCCGCCCUGCCUGCGCUCCACCACCACCCCCUCUCUCGCCCGCCGCGUCCCGGAGAGAAAAACGUCCGAGGAGGCAAAAAAAGCGGCCAGUCCGACGCGCGUCCGGCCUGCGGAACGGAGCCUCUCGAGCGUUAGGACCUGGCCACGGGCGCCUCGGGGCGAGGUGCCAUUGCUGCGGCCGCCGCCGCCGCUUCCUCCGAGCCCCCCGCGCGCGCGUGGGUGGGCGGCUCGAAUUACGUCGCCGAGCCCGGACCCUUUGGCCGCAUCGGAGGAAAAAGCGGGGGCGGUUGGGGGGGGGAAAGCAAGCGAGCGAGCGAGCUUCGUUUCUCAAGCGGGGACGGGUCCCUCUCGGCUCAUCCCGGGGAUUUGCCUCGCUUCGCCGCGGCGGAUACAUGUGGGCCACCCUUAGGACCCAGAGACGUUUGCUAUGAUUUGGGCAGCCGUAGGCCCCCCCUCAAUCUGCUAUACUUCCAGUACUCCUGUGCAGGUACUGGAAGGCACUGACUAUCCUCAUACAGAUCCUCAUCUGUUUGGCAAUAGGCAAGAUGGUUCCCCAUUAAUGGUAGAAGCGGUCAAUAAUAUUGAAGCUGAAGACCCUUUGUGCAACUUCUACCCCCCAAGCUUUCUCCAGGCUUCAGAGGUGGAAAUGAGAGGUUCGGAGGAUGUUGUCCCCGGCAUUUUUUUACAGCGGUUGAUGCAGGAGUUGCGCUAUGGCAACCCCAACGAGAAUAUGAACCUGCUGGCUCUCCAGCACCAAGCUACGGGGAGUGCAGGGCCCUCCAACUCCACUGCCAGCAGCACCCUGUCUUCUUCUGUGGAAAACCUUGUGCCGGAAGACCCACAAAUGGUCCAGCAGUCAGCACGGCAGGAACCACAAGGCCAGGAACAUCAAGGGGAUAAUACGGUAAUGGAGAAACAGACCAGAGGCUCCCAGCCUCAGCAGAACAAUGAAGAAUUACCUUCUUAUGAAGAAGCCAAAGCUCAGUCUCAGUUUUUUAGAAGUCAGCAGCCUAGUGUUGUCGGGCCCAGUUUCUACAUGGCCAGCAGCACUGGUCCAAAAUCUAAAACGGAAGGUAGGCCAACUUUGGCCCGUGCCAACAGUGGACAGGCUCACAAAGAUGAGGCCCUGAAGGAACUGAAACAAGGCCACGUGCGCUCGUUGAGCGAGAGAAUCAUGCAGCUUUCCUUGGAAAGGAAUGGGGCCAAACAGCAUUUUUCUUGCUCAGGGAGAAGCAAAGGGUUCAAAUCCAGCGGGCCUUCCCCUUCCCCGGCUUCCAAUAAAGGCAUGGAUCUGAGAGGACCCCCUCCCGAUUACCCAUUCAAGAUCAAGCAGGGGGGCUCUCCAGGAAGCAAAAGUCAAGAGCCGGGUGUGUUUUUUAACGAACAACAUUCUGGAACCAUUCAAGAAAUGACAAAGGCAUCCUAUUCAGCAUCGCAGCCAGCGAGGAGCGAAGUAGCUAUUGUCCGAUAUCAGGGUCCCCCGGAAUAUGGGAUCACCAGUCGUCAGUGUGCAUCAUCUUUUCCAUCGCUGCCAACACCCCAGGAGCACAGCCCGAUGUCCUCCCAGACCUCCUCGCUUAGCGGCCCCCUGCACUCCGCAUCUCUGCCGCCUCUUUCAAUGGCCACAGCAUCCCAGUCUCUGCCCGCAACUCCGCCUAGUCAGCAGCCCCUCACACCAGAUGCCUUCACGAUAGUACAGCGAGCCCAGCAAAUGGUGGAGAUGUUGUCUGAAGAUAAUGAAGCCCUGCAGAAGGAGCUGGAGGGCUACUAUGAGAAAGCAGACAAGCUUCAAAAGUUCGAAAUGGAAAUUCAAAGGAUUUCAGAAGCUUAUGAGGACCUGGUGAAAAUCACUACCAAGAGAGAGUCACUUGACAAAGCUAUGCGAAACAAACUUGAAGGUGAAAUCAGAAGACUCCAUGAUUUCAACAGGGACUUGCAUGACCGACUGGAGACUGCAAAUAGGCAACUGGCCAGCCGAGAAUUUGAGGGACAUGAAAAUAAGGCAACAGAGGAUCUUUAUGCCUCUCAGAAUAAAGAGUACUUGAAGGAGAAGGAGAAGCUAGAAAUGGACUUGACGGCCUUGCGCCUGACCAAUGAGGAGCAUCGAAGGCACAUUGAGAUCCUGGACCAGGCUCUGAACAGCGCUCAAGCCAAAGUCAUUAAACUAGAAGCAGAGCUACGGAAGAAGCAAGCGCAUGUCGAGAAGGUAGAGAAGCUCCAGCAGGCCUUGACCCAACUUCAGGCGGCCUAUGAGAAGCGAGAGCAGAUGGAACAUCGGUUGCGCACCAGGCUGGAAAGAGAGUUGGAAUCCCUGAGGCUGCAACAGAAACAAGGGAAUUACCAAGCAGCCCCUGUGCCUGAGUACAACGUCCCAGCCUUAAUGGAGCUAGUGCGGGAGAAGGACGAGAGGAUCCUGGCUUUAGAAGCCGACAUGACCAAGUGGGAGCAGAAGUACCUCGAAGAGAGCACCAUCCGGCACUUCGCCAUGAACGCUGCAGCCACAGCUGCCACAGAAAAAGAUACUUUGUCCACCAACCACUCCCGCAGUGGCAGCUACAGUGAGAGUUCCCUGGAAAUCCGCAUAUGGCAGGAAGAACAGGAGAAGAUGCAAAACAACCAGAAGUGUCAGGACAUGGAAUACACAAUAAAGAAUCUGUACGCAAAAAUCAUCGAGAAAGAUGCCAUGAUCAAGGUCCUUCAGCAGCGAUCCAGGAAAGAGACCAGCAAAGGAGAUUCUGCAAGUUUGCGGCCCGCUCAGUCGGUGCCAUCGAUAGCCGCGGCUACAGGAACACACUCCCGUCAGACCUCCCUUAACCACACUCAGGGCGUUGAGGAGAAGAAAGAAGAGAAGUCUUGGAAAGAAAGCAUUGGUUUGCUGUUAGGGAAAGACACCUCUGAACAGUCAUCCAUCCCUUCGUUGACCCUUCCAACUCCUUCUUUGUCCUCUACAAUGUCUUCAUGGCCAGUCACCAUCUGCCAUGCUAAGAUGGGCAGCAAAGACAACAGCACUCAAACAGACAAAGGCACAGAGCUUUUCUGGCCCACUGCGGCUUCUUUUCCGGGUAGAGGGAAACUGAGUCACUGUUCUGGCAGCAGUCCAGCCCUGAGGCACAUCGCAGGCAAAAAUGCUGGGGAGAAACCGGAAAACUCUUCCAGCUGUGGGAAGCUCCUGGACAGCAGCAGAAGUAGAGUUAGCCAUCUGCUUCACAAGCCUGAAUUUCCAGAUCCAGAUAUGAUGGAAGUCCUUAUUUGAAGCCAUGGAGCUUUUGCUGCUUUGGGGGAAAGCACCUCUACACCCUGGAGAGAGAGAGAGAGGCGGGUGUGUGUGUGUUGUUUUCGUUGCUGUGCUUGAAUUAAAAACUCUGGAGGACAUCGCAAAACUGGACCAAGAAAGUUCGAACCUAGAAGAAAACUCCAGGUGAAUCUGAGAGUUGAAGAGAGCAGGAGACUCAGAAUGUUGGUGAUAGGACAUUUGGGAUGUCUGCUAUGUGCAGUUAACCAUGCUGUGGAUUUGGGGUGGGGUGGGGAAAGGCAAGACGUUAUAGGAAUCAGAGGACGUCUCUAUGGAGGAUGUGUUUGAUGUGUCAGGAACUGUUCUCCAACCACCUAACCAGUAACAUCAUUGGGUGGCAUUUUGCCCACAUGGAAUUCUUUUGAAUUGUAUUUGCAAUUCUUGGGUGAGGGAGCAGGACUUCCAAAUAUCGUUCUUUUAGCUGCUAUCUUCUUCCUGCUUUUCCUUUUUUGAUCCCUCCACCAUCUGGGUUUGCUUCUACUGUAUGUCAAACACGCCGAUGUAGAUCUCUGGUAGAACAAAGUUUAGACAAGUUAAUCCUAAAUUCUUUCCAUGAUCUCUUUAUAGCUGUCUCGGUCUACAGAAGUCCCUGAAUGCUGUUGACAACAGUGGGGAAAUGAGUUGACAUCCAGGUGCUCAAUGCAUGAGAGCCAUGACUUGCUGUGAUCUUAUUCCAUAAGAUCAUCUGCAUUAUGAAACUAAGCAAUCAGUGAACAAAUCAGCUGAAACUCUCCAACUCCUUCAAAUUUAAUUUAUUCGGGCUGUGUCAGAGCCCAGUUCAUUUAGCCCUAAAGUUAAUAAUCCCAGAAGCAUCGAAUGAGAUUAAUUCUUUGGAUUCAUAGCAAAAUUCCUGAUGGAGACCGGUCUCUGUCCAGAGGUCAUGCGUCCAAACAGUCAUGUGUAAAGAUAGCCACCGGGUUUCAACCGGUGUAACAAUCGGUUUGCUGAGUGCACAUGCGUCAAACGCGCUCCGCGCACGCACAGUAUGUUUGAAAACAGCUCUAAAACUUACCUUCUACUGCAGCCCCGCUGAGUAAAACAGCUGAGGCGUGGCAAUCCGCUCUGCCACGCCUAUCAGCUGGGCUUCAAACAAAGAGAAUAUAGGUCGGUAUAGCACAGGGGCGGGGAGGCAGGCCCAGCUGAUUGUCAGAGCAAACCAAUUCACUCUCAGCUGAUCGUCAGAGCUACCAGUUCUCCCGAACCGGCUGAAUCCCACUCCUGAAGAUAGCCCAUUUUAGGAUCAGCUUUGCUGACUUGCCAGUAGAUCUAUUUAUGACCUGGUGCUAAAUAAGGUAUAUUUGAGUGUCUGCUAUAAGCCGGAAUGUUGAAAGAGUCCUAAUAUAAUGUAGGAAGUAGUUAACACGGUGGUCCCUUCCGGAUGGGGCCAAAUGUGCAGCUGUUUUUUGUAUUCCCCUCUUGUUGUGUAGUGUAUGCCUGUGUACCUCGCUAAAAGUCCUUAGUCCACGUAGCAGUGUUCUGGUUUUGCUCUGACUCAUAAAUUUGCCUCUUCAUCAGAUGUUAGGUGGAAAAAAAAUGUCUCCCAAGGCUUGUAGUAGUAGAUCAGGCGUGUCAAACUCAAUUUCAUCAAGGGCCGCAUCAGGAUUGUGUUUGACCUCGAGGGGGAGGGGGUCCUGGGGUGUGUGUGGCUGGGGGGGGGGGCGUGGCCAUGUUACUCAUUUCAGGGGCACCUGUGGUGGCCUGAGUGCUCUGCCAGCUCCAUUUUCGGCUGGGACAGCCUCCUGCAACCCUCUGCCAGCAAAAAUGGAGCUUUGGACGGCUGCACAUGGUCCUCCCGAGCUCUGUUUUCAUUGGCAGGGGGCAUCGCGGGCCAAUCCUUCACUGUUUCCAGGAUGGCCCCGCGGGUCAGAUCUAAACACCCCAUGGGCCAGAUCCGGCCCCCGAGUCUUAUGUUUGACACCUCUGCAGUAGAUAUGCUACUUCCCAGAGUAUCUGUAGAUAGCAAGGUCAUGCAAAUUUUCUUUUCCUCUUUCCCUUCCUCUAUGGACCAGAGAGACGGUCUUACUGCCUCUUGUUACGGACAUGUUUUAAAUCCAGGACAGGGAGGCCCUUGUUCUCUGUGGCAAGAAGCCCAAAAUGCAGCACUGUAUCGAGGCCCAGUUAUGUUUUAGCAUAAAUAGCGGGUCUUGAAUUCUGACUGUCUGUGGUCUUAACUCAAAUUUCUCUCCACAGACUGUAAGGCAUAGAUGUAUACCAGGAUUCUAUGUAGCGUUGCUUGCUCAGCGCUGUUCCUGACGCGCAAAACAUGGCAACCUAGAAGGAAAUUAAGGUCUAAAAGCUGCUUCUUUAUAUAUUUAUAUGUAUGUACACUUCAAUGUACAUACCUUGCCACAUUUCAUUAAAGACCAGGCCUUCUAUUUAUAACUUCCUGACGGUACAUUUUACAUCCAAGAUUCCACUUGCAAACAAAGGGCGAAUUGUUCCCAGUCUUUUUGUGUAUGCAAACUGCAGGCGGCUUACCCAAGCCAAAAAGAAACCAGGACAUUAAAAUCUUGUUAAUCUGGCUGCAUGCAAAUAAUAAUAAUAAUAAUAAUAAUAAUAAUAAUAAUAAUGUGACUGUAGAUUUUUUUAGAUGCCAAAAUAUGAGGGCCCCAGAGUCUAAGCAAAGUAGGGUGGGGCCAAAAUCUAGGGGUCUUUUUUUUUUUUUUUGCAUUGGGGUGGGGUGGAGGGGGGGGGAAAGGUUGGCUAGAUUUUCUAGGCAAGUUGCAAAUCUUUAAUAUCCCUGCCCCCUUUCCCCUUAACCAGUCUGGUGUGAUCCUCAAGCUGAUGGAAGUUCACCCCCAUUCCAGUCCAUCCUAUCAGAGCAGGGGUCUAUAACCUUGGCAACUUUAAGCCUGGCGGACUUCAACUCCCAGAAUUCCCCAGCCAGUUUUGCUGGGGGAAUUCUGGGAAUUGAAGUCCUCCAGCCUUAAAGUUGCCAAGUUUGGAGACUCCUGUAUUUAGAGCAUAAUUUAUCUAUAGUAUUGCAUUUGUAGAGUGGCUGCUAUACUUGUAAACCAAUGUUUUCUAGCUUGCUCAAUACCUGAUCGCUGUGCUGCUAUGGUGUUAUCCUGCCUGACAUUUAUAUAGCAUUAUGUAGUUAUAUUCCAGGCAAACAGAUUGUAAGAUAAUGUCAAUUUUUCCCCCCAUUGCGUUUCUGUUGUGCAGAUUGGCUACUGCGGAGCAUUGUACAGCUUGAAUGUGUUUUGUAUAUAUACAUAGCGUCUCAUUUUCCAUAACAAAUAUGGGUGACUCUGGCCAGCCAAAGAAUUUUUUCCUGUUCUCGGCUGCUUAAAUUUGUGCCUUAAUAUUGUAUAUAAUAAAUGUAUACAACCGCG